GGGAAUCUAGAAGGUUCUUCCCUUUUCUUCUUCCCUCACAGGGGCUCGGCGAACAGCAGCCGGCCGGACACCUUCAGAAUGAGCGAGAACACGACGCUGACCCCUCCGGCACCCAGCCAGGGCCCCACGACCCCGCGCAAGGGGCCCCCCAAAUUCAAGCAGAGGCAGACCCGCCAAUUCAAGAGCAAGCCCCCUAAGAAAGGGGUCAAAGGAUUUGGAGAUGACAUCCCUGGAAUGGAGGGGCUGGGCACAGACAUCACCGUGAUUUGUCCCUGGGAAGCCUUUAGCCACCUGGAGUUGCACGAGCUUGCUCAGUUUGGCAUCAUUUAAAGCCCUAGGGCUGCUGCGACCUUCCAGCACUUUCUGUCCCAGCACCUGCCAGAUGUUGGAAAUCCACGGCCUGAAGGCAUGUCCUUUGUCCGAUGGGGUCCUUGUCUGUCCCUCCCUAGCGAGAACUCCUUUAGUGUCAGAAUCUGUCUCUCAGUAUAGCCCGGCUUGGCUAUACUGGGACAUCAAACCA